GGCUGACACAUAAGCAAUAACCUGGCAAAAGAAAAAGGAAGGUAAGCAUCACUUGGGGCAGAUUCCUCCUCUCCUUUCAACUAUAUAUCAAGACUUGCAAUGCUGAAGAGAGCUGCAUAGAAACAUCCGUUCUCUUUUCUUGUUCAUCCAUAUCUGAUUUCCACCCUCUCCCCAUUUUAAGAAGAAGAAAUGGCUCCUUGUCGAUCUUGGUCUGAGCUUCCAAAAGAGCUCAUCUCUUACAUUGCUAAGUGCCUCGACACUCGCACUGAUGUUCUUCGUUUCCGAGCUGUGUGCUGCUCCUGGAGAGCUUCAGUUCCUUUGCCACCAAAAUCUUCUAAACUGCCAGUGCAUUUCAGCUUGCCUGUUAAUGAUCCUAGGAAGCCUAUUGUUUCUGCCGUCAUUUCACAAACGGUGGUCUACCGCAUUGCUCAACCAGGCUUUCAUGCUCAUCCCAACCGCAAAAGCUGUUUCAUCAGGGUGGAAGAAACGGAGCAAGAGAACAAGUUCCGCCUGGUGAACCCGUUUUCUGAGCGUCUGAUCAAGCACAUGCCUGCCAACUUUCCCAAGGAGAUAAACCAUCUCAACUUCAGGGUGGAAGAAAUGACCAAGGGUUUCAGUAUUCGACUGCUAAAGGAUGAUGGUAGUUCUGAUCUCCAUGACAACAAUUUCUGGACUCGCAAGUUCAAGCUUGCUUCGGAUUUUGAUUCGAGCUACAAGGCUAUUUCUAUCUCAUCAGGGCAAUUAAGACGUGCGAGGCUUGAUACUUACACGACUGACAUCCACUGGUGUUCGCUUGAUACUGAAGUUCAUUACCGUGACAUCACCAACUUCGAUGGAAAAUUCUUCAUGGUUAAUAUUUAUGGCGUUAUUUUGGGGAUGGAUGAGAGCUUUUACACCCUGGACGAGGUUCACACAUCUCUGGAACAAAAGGACUGGGAAUGCGAAAGGUAUUUCGUGGAAUCAUGUGGCCAUCUUUACUUGGUUGUCAGAGACUUCCUCAUUUGCCCUACUCUAGUUCAAUAUAAUUACACACUUGAUGCUUUCAUGACCGAAGCCAAAGAUGCUAAUGUGCCGGUUAAAUUCAAAGUUUACAAACGGAUCCCUAGUGGUGACCAGCGGAGUAGGUUUUGUUGGGUGGAGGUGAAUGAUUUGGGUGAUCACGCAUUCUUCGUCAGCACUGAUUGUUCCUUUUCCUUUUCAACUCGAGAUUACACAGGGUGUGGUGGGAACUGCAUCAUCUAUGUUGAUGAAAUAGACAAUGUGGAGCGUCUUAGGAAAUUUGAAUCUAUCGAAGCAGACAACGACAAAGAGGGUCUUAAGCAAUUGAAGAAUGGAAAGGUCAGAUUGUACAAUUUAGCGGAUCAAUCCAGUGCACCUCUUGCAUUAUUCCCACACUACCUGGAUAUGUUCUGGCCUCCUCCAACAUGGCUGAAGUGGGAUCAGGGCUCUUCUAAUGCCUGAAUACUGUGUUCUGGAGACAAGCUUCUGUUGGAAGGAAGCUGCAGGCAGCACUCGUAUAUCCCUGGAAAGGAAGUACUAAAUAAAUCAAGUGCUGUUAGUUUAAGUGUCUUGUAUUAGAAGUAUGCAUAGGUGGGAGGUGUUUCACCACCAUAUUGUUGUUUAAGACUUGUGUUUUCCUAUCUGUCUGGUGGGGAACUCUUACAAACUCUAUGGUUAUGUUAUGUUAUGUUGUGUUGUGUUGUGUUGUGUUUGAAUAUGAAACCUGAACCGUUUUGGUAUUA